AAAACCCCCCUCCCCCCCCCCCCCCCCUCUCUCUCUCUGGCGUACGGUGCACUUGAGGAUAGGUAAUUCUGGCCUUGCUGACACUGAACGCACUUUCAGCUGCUCUCCGGCGGCUCCGACCGCAGCUCCGGCGUCAUCGACGGCCCCGAUCGUCCGGCGAUUCGAGGAGGAAGAUUGUUAUCAACUGCUAGUGUGAAUUUUCCGAGCAAGUUCGAGGUCAAUCUGGCUUCAAUAAUUUCAACCAUCUUCACAAGUUAAGAGAGUGAGUACUGAAUCUACCUUUGACGGCUCCCUCUUUACUUCCAUGGUUAUUUUGGGGGAAGCUGUCCAAGAUGACGUUGCUUCUGAUAAAGCACAGCAAAGAGAGAGCCCCAACUCUGGAAGCCACGAGUCAGAGUCACAAUGCAAUCAAGAAGGAAAUACUCAUGCUGUAUUGCCUGAGAAAGAAUCAGGUGAAUUGCAGAACGCUCAGGACACUAAAAUUGAGUUUUCUGCAUCACAAUGCACUGAAGAGGGAAUAACUCCCUGUAUAGAAACUGAGAAAGUAUUGGACAAUGUUCAAGAAAGACAGAGCUCUUCUAGUACUUCUAGGGAUCAGGCAUCCCAAUCCAGUCAAGAAGGGACCCAUCCAUCUGUAGAACAGAGAGAGAUUCCUGAUAGUACAAGUAGGGAUCACGCAUCCAAAACCAAUCAAGAUGGAAACUCUCCCUCUAUAAUAUCUGAUCAGUUACGGGAUGAUUUACAGCAGAGACCGAUAUCGGAUACUGGAUCGUGUGCACUACAGUCUAAUCACGAAGGUAAAAGCCCUUCUCAAAUGCCCAAGAAAGUGCCAGACAAUUUACAGCUUACACAAAGCCUUAAAACUGGGCCUCACAAGUUACAACGGGAUCAAGAAGGAAGGACUCCCUCCAGAAUACCUGAUAAAGCAUCACACGAUGGAUAUAACUGGAGGAAAUAUGGGCAGAAGCUUGUUAAAGGAAAUGAAUUUAUCCGGAGCUAUUACAGAUGUACACAUCCUAAUUGCCCAGCAAAAAGGCGGGUGGAACGCUCCCAAGGUGGGGUGAUUGUGGAUAAUAUUUACUUGGGUAAGCAUGAACAUCCUAAACCUCAAGCUAGUCCCCAAAUAGCUGUUGGGCUUCUACCACCCAUCCCAACAAGAGCAGAAGAACCUUUGGCUAUUGAAGAGGAUAAAUUAUCAAGUCCACAUGGUUCGACAUCUCAUCAAACUGAACCUAUGGAAACCCCUGAACCUCCUAUCAUCACUCCAACUGAUGAUACAGUGGAAUGUGCGACUUCACAAUCUAAUAGAUUAAGAGAUGAGGUUCAUGAUAGUGGCAAUUCAGAAUCAAAGAAACAGUAUGCCAAAACGAAGAGAGAGAUUUGUAUCAUUGACAAGACUCCAGAAGAGAAGCCAACUGUUGAUCCAAGGGUGGUUGUUCAAACUGUUGGGGAUGGUGAGGUUGAUAUAGUGAAUGAUGGCUACCGCUGGCGCAAAUAUGGACAGAAACUAGUUAAGGGCAAUCCGAACCCAAGGAGUUACUACAGGUGCUCAAAUGCUGGUUGCCCAGCAAAAAAACAUGUGGAGAGGGCAUCCUAUAAUCCAAAAUCAGUUAUUACCACGUAUGGAGGACAGCACGACCAUGACAUGCCCCCUGCUAGAACUGUUACCCCUAACACCACAGGAGCCAGUACUAAUAUAACAGCCCACAAAGCUGAGUCAGAAUCUAGACCUGAGGAAAAGAGUGCAGUUGUACUCGACAUGGCAGUUCACGCAAACUGAGCAACAAGCAAGUGAUCAGGAAUUGUCUAAGCUCAACUUGGAUUCUGAUUGCUGUUGAAGUAGCAUGAGCAGGCUCUUAACAAUGGUGGAUUAUUGACCCGAGUUUGUUGGCAUGCAUAUAGGGAAUGCAUUCUUCUUCUUCUUCUUCGCCUUGUGUUUUUAUUUACUCUCUAUUUUUCGGGGAUGGUUUACCCCUAGAACUCUGAUUUGAGCCAUGUCUCUAAUUGGUAACAAGUGGGAGUCCUAUAGGCUGUAAAAUUAUUUCAAGAAAAUAAAAUGUAGUAGUUGCAUA